GUGUGUGUGUGUGUGUGUGUGUGUGUGUGUGUGUGUGUGUGUGUGUGUGAUGACGUAGAAGCUGUUGGAUCUGGUUUGGCAGGAUUUCUGAGGGAAGGGCGACAAAGGAGACAGGCAGAGAGGAAAAGCAGCGGAAUAGUUUGAACUGGAGUUUCCCUAAACUAUUAGCUUUUUAUCUUAACUCUUGUAUAUUAUUCUUCUCCAGCUGGUGUCCACCUAUUGGGGUUUGGAUUGUAUUCACAUUUCAGCACUAGGUGCACUGUACAGCAGCAAGGAUGAACUGGUCAGGGCUGGAGAGUAUGUUGAGUGGAGUCAACAAAUACUCCACUGCGUUUGGGCGGAUCUGGCUGUCCAUGGUGUUUGUGUUCCGUGUGAUGGUGUUCGUGGUGGCAGCGCAGAGAGUUUGGGGCGAUGAGAGCAAAGACUUUGUGUGUAAUACUCGGCAGCCUGGCUGCACCAACAUCUGCUAUGACCACAUCUUCCCCAUCUCCCACAUCCGUCUGUGGGCGCUGCAGCUGAUUUUCGUCACCUGCCCGUCUCUGAUGGUGAUGGCUCACGUAAAGUACCGUGAAGGAAAGGACGCAAAAUACGUUGCGCUGCACCACGGCUCUCACCUGUACGCCAACCCUGGAAAAAAGAGGGGGGGGCUGUGGUGGACCUACCUGCUGAGUCUGGUCUUCAAAGCAGGAUUUGACAUAGCAUUCCUUUACAUCCUUUAUCGGAUAUACCAUGGAUACGACCUGCCCAAGUUGUCCAAGUGUUCACUGGACCCGUGCCCCAACACCGUGGACUGCUUCAUCAGUCGCCCAACAGAGAAAAAGAUCUUCAUGUUGUUCAUGGUUGUCUCCAGCGCACUGUGCAUCUUCAUGUGUAUCUGCGAGAUGUUUUAUCUCAUCGGCAAGCGCAUCUCCAAAAUAGUAAAGAUCCGCCAAGACAACGAGAGGCUCCUAUUCGCUGAGCAGCACGAGCUCACCAACAUGGCGCCACCCCGGUCCCAGUAUCGUAAGACUGAUCCAACUCUGUCCGACAGCCAGAUGAGUUUAAACAGAAGGGAGAAGAUCAGAGAAGGUGGGAUUAGUACCACUCUCUAGGACUCGGGGGUCAAUAAACUAUUGGUUUGUUUUCAGGACCAAAAGUAACCUGAAAAAGACUGACUCAAGGGCAGAUCCUGUGACCUGGCUGUACAUGAAAUAUUCAUGACUGUUAUAAGGUUUCCAACACUGGCCGUUGUAUGUUAUAACACAAAGACUACUGGUAAUACUAUGUUUAGAUAUUUUAUUUCAUGUUUGUACCUGGACAUGGUAAAAGGACUGCAUUUACAUGGCGCUUUCCCCGACUUUGCAACGCACAAGGGCUUUUACAUAUCUAAGUCAGCUUUCCACAUUCACACACUUUGGUCCAUGCCAUCAGGAGCAACAUGGGGAUAAGUAUCUUGCCUAAGGACACAUCAACGUGUUGACUGCAGAGGUUGGGUAUUUAACCACUAACCUUCCAGUUGGAGGACAACCAUCUACCUCCUGCCACCACAUGCCAUCAACCUACGGCUGAAUAUAAGCGGACAGACGUCCAGGAGCUGGCUUUAUAGCACAAAUGGAAUCUGGUGUUGUGUUUGAGGGCAUUGUUGAUCUAUUUUUUUUUUAUCUUGAACCAACAACGUUAUAUCAAUGUCAUUUUAAUUGUAUGGUGUAAAUAUUGUAAAUGUACAGCACUUGGUACCUUAGCUUUAUAAAAUGUGUGAGCAAGAAGAAGAUUGCCUCCCGUACUCUGUGAGAUCAUACUUUUUCUACAAAAAAAGGACCAAAAGGAACGGAUGCCCCACAUGAAGAGGGUAAUUACCCAUCAACAUGUGUCUGUUUGCACCAUGGGAGAUGGUCUAAAUCUAGAUUUGGAUAUUGCUAAGAGGACAUUUUUAACCACCUUGCUGGACACAUAUUGGCUGUAAGAUGUCAUGGGAUAAGGUCAUGUGUACUUUGGUUAAAUCCCCAGGAACAGAACAGACUACUUCUGUUCUGAGAAGAGUCAACUGGAAUUUCAAAAUGCUAAUUGUCAACAGAUUUCGGGUUUUUUUUACCCAUAAAAUUCUAUAUUUAAUAAAAAUGCUGAUUGAUCUCAGUGUCAGACAAA